AUGUCCGACGCCCAAGCCGCCCAGGUUACAGAGUAUGGCGUGCCUCCGGCUGCGCAAGAGUAUGUCAUCGAAGAAGUUCCCCCAUUCAAAGUCUUCGCUGGCAAUCUUGCGUACUCUACAACGGAUGAAGGGCUCAAGACUUUCUUUGCCCCCGUACAGAGCGACAUUAUCACAGCUCAGGUCAUCCUGCGUGGUCCCAGAUCCACAGGUUAUGGCUUUGUCGCAAUGUCCAGCGCAGAGGCUGCUCAAAGAGCUGUUGACCUCCUCAAUCUAGGGGAGCUCGAUGGCCGCAAGGUCAUCGUCGAGAUUGCCAAGCCAGCCGACCAAAAGGACAAAGAAAAGAAGGAGAGAAGGGCCAAGAGGAGACCCAACAGGCGCGGUGCCAAGGCCGUCCCUGGUGAAGUCACCGACGCUGAGGCAAAUGGCGAAGUCAAGGCGGAGGAUGCCGCUGCCUCUACUGCUGCUUUGGGCACUGACGAAGCAGCUAAGCCCAAGAGAAAAAAGAAAAAGAAUAGCCGCAAGUCCAGGCGUAGGGCCACUCCUCUGGAAGGUGAAAUGCUACACGAGGAGGCUGCCCCUGCUGCCGAAGAUGCUCCUGACGCUGCCGUACCUGCUCCCAGGAAACCUCGCGUCAGGAGGCCUAGGGCUCCUCGUCCACCCCGCGCUGUCGGUGAGGACCCCAUUGGCGAGCCCUCCAAGACCACCCUGUUCGUCGCCAACCUUGGCUUCAGCGUAGACGAUGAAACUCUCUCUGCGCUCUUUACUGAAGCUGGUGUCAAUGUCGUUUCCGCCCGCGUGGUUCGUCGCCGGUGGGGAACACCCAGGAAGAGCAAAGGUUACGGCUUUGUCGAUGUUGGCACUGAGGAGGAGCAGGUGAAGGCAAUCGAGGCUGUUCAAGGUAAGGAGGUUGGCGGUCGUGCAAUCGCUGUCAAGAUCGCUGUCAACUCUGCGCGUUAUGAAUUGGCCGACGAAGCCGAAUUACGAAAGUUUUUCCAUGGCUAUUGCAUUCAAAUUGCAUUGAUGAUCCCCAAAAUGAACGUUCAAUCCAUGGCCGACGAGGAUGAUUACCUCUCGGACAAGUUUCUUAUCCAGGUCGCAGCCGAGUCUGUGCCGAAAACGUAUGCUCAGAGACGCCAAGAAGCUUUGAAGCAGUCUCGAGUCAAGAAUGAGCAGAACCGAAUGAAGAGUCGGCGGCAGAGGGAGGAAGAGUCCAGGGAAGAGGGGCUUAGCAAGAGCCUGUUUGAGCGCGCACAGGAGGAAGAGAAGGCCGUAGGUGGGAGCAAGGCACUGGGCAUCAUGAUGAAAAUGGGGUUCAAGGUCGGGCAAUCGUUGGGAAAGACCGAGGAUAGCCCUCCAAAGACCACAGUUCCCUUACCUGGUCCUAGCCUGUCCGAGGACGAGUCUGAGCAGGGGAAGCAAGGUAUUGGUCUAGGGAAGCGUGCUCGGUCACCCAGUGCCGCAGAUCGCCUCGCAAAAAUGGCGAAGAUGGCGGAAGCAGCCAGCCAUGAGAGCUUCCGGGACCGUGCCCGCCGCGAAUACGAAGAACGGCGAGCAGAAGGACGCCUUUCCUCUGCACGACAGACAUGUCUCACACUGGAUGAGAAGGCGGAUAUCACAUUCAACGUCCUCUGUUUGGAUCCUAACAACCCUGAUUCUAUCCCAAAUGGUCUCGUGGAUGCGUUAUCAACUUAUACAUUGCAAGUAUCCCCGUUACGCUCCGCCUCAGGGGAUGUCUCCCAUGCGGCACGCCUACGCGCCCAAAUGGUAGCCGAUGCCCUGUUACCGGUUACUUCACUGGAUGAAGAUGAAGAUGCCGACGACAGCGAAACACCCACAACGGUGGAACAAUUCCCGCAAGAAGUCAUCGAGGAAGCAGUUUACUUCUUACGGCUGGGUCCGCGGGACCGCUUAAAGCUCCUUCUUGAAUAUCUCCGGGGGAAAUACUCAUACUGUUUCUGGUGCGGGACGCAGUAUGGAGAUGCUAUUGAUUUGGAACAGAGUUGCCCUGGGCCUGAAGAAGAUGAUCACGACUAA